GUGGUCGCAACCUAAACAUUUCGGAAUCAUUUAUGUUUUCAGAGACUGGAAAACAAAGUCUAUCGGAAGUGGAGCCCAGGCAUGCCGGCCCAGUCGACCGUACUCAGUGUGACCAAUGUGGGGAAUCGUUUAGAACCCCAAUGGGAUUAUACGAUCACUCGUUUUACCACAAAGGAGAGACCAUCUGUACACGCGAGCCAUGCGGCAGAAUUGUUUUCAAGAACCGAUCCAAAUACAUCGAUCACUUGAAUGAGAAACAUGAAUCAGAGAUCAUCGAAAUGCCUAAAAGUUUUGAGUGCAACAAAUGUGACAACAAAUACGUACACAUAGAAAGUCUAACUAAGCACAUGUAUGUUCACACCGGCAUGACAAUUUGCCCAUAUUGUACCACUGGCCACCGUUACGGAAGCAUGGGUAAUCUCUGGGAUCAUAUAAAGUCUAAGCACCCAGAGAAACAGUCAGCACCACCGCAAAAAUGAUCUCUUCAAAAUAUCUGGAUGAAUAUUAUGGGCCUAAUAGAAAAAAAAUGAAAACAAUGGGGUUGGUUUAAUUUUAGUCGAACGGAUAUAAUUUAAUGAGUCAUGUACCAUGUAAUCAUGCAAUCAGGCAAACCGUGUAAUCGUGCAAUCAUGUAAUCAUGUAUCAAACCAUGGUGUGCACUGCAGUUCCGUCAGAAGCUCAUUUUGUGCAUAUUAUAAAAUAAAAAAAAAUUAAAUAUAUAAAUAAAAUGAUGAGGAAAACCUCUAUACUAUA